CGGAGGCCGGCUCGCAGGCAGUCCGUGCGAGGCUGGCGCGCCGAGUGGCAGCGAGUGGCAGCGAGUGGUGGCAUGGUGGCGUGCUGAAGGGCGAGAGUCCCGUGCCAUGACGUCGCGCGUGUCCCAGCGCGCCGUGGGCAUCGCGGCGGCCAGCGCCGUGCUGCUGCUGGUGCUGCUGAUCGUGCUGCUGUGGGCGGGCGUGGGGGCGGGGCUGUUCCGGUCCGCGCCGCCGCCGCCGCCGCCGCCCCCGCCCCCGCCCCCGCCCGCCGCCGACACGGCCAGAGGGGCGGAGGCGGCGGGCUCGAAGGGGCGGCGCAUCAGCAUCGCCGACCAGGCGGACAGGCACCAGGUGGAGUACGUGAAGCCGCUGAAGCUGUCGCCGGCGCCGCUGCACCGGGACGACCUCCUGCACGGCGGCGACUGGGCCGAGCCCACCCUGCAGCCCGACUCGCCGGACGCCCCAGGACGGCCGCUGCGACACCACUCGGGCCACUUCCGGCGCAAGAUGGCGCAGCUGUGGGACCCGCACCCCCAGUACGAGUUCACCGCCUUCGGCCGCAAGUUCCGGCUGCUGCUGGACCACGACACGGACGAGUUCGUGCUGCCGGACAUCCAGGUGAUCCACAUGUGGCACAACUCGUCCACGCGGGAGCAGCUGGGACUGCGGCCUGACGGCUGCUUCUACCGCGGCCGAGUCAAGGGCGACCCUCAGUCCUCCGUGUCCGUCAGCCUCUGCCACGGCAUGACGGGGCUGAUCCGCACGGCGCACGGCAGCUUCUUCAUCGAGCCGGCGGAGGAGUGGCGCAACCACACGGGCCCGCUGCUGCACGCCGUGUACCGCAGCCUGGGCGCCCCGCGCCUCGCCAACCAGCCCGAGCCCUCGCCCCGGCACUGCGGCCUGGCAGACUGCGAGGGCCCGGCGCGGGCAGGGGGCGACCCCAGCUCCACCAGCUCCACCGGCUCCACCGGCUCCACCAGCUCCACCACGAGGGCCCCGGGCGGCCGGCGGCGCAGGAGGCGCUCCUUGCGGCGGCCGCAGGAGUACACCGUGGAGCUGAUGGUGGUGGCCGACAAGACCAUGGCCGCCGUGCACGGCUCCGGCCUCAAGACCUACAUCCUCUACCUCAUGAAGAUGGUGCAGGACAUCUUCAAGGACGCGUCGAUCGGCAACCCCAUCUCCAUCGCCGUGGUGAAGGUGGUGGUGCUGAAGGACAUCGACCUGGUGCGGCCCGACGACGACUCGGAGGGCACCUCGGCCACCGAGAUGCUGGACAGCUUCUGCCGCUGGCAGGCGAGCAACGCGCACUUCCGGCACGGCGUCACCCACGACACGGCGCUGCUGCUCACCAGGUACAAGAUCUGCAGCAACCCGCAGCUGCAGAAGUGCGACACGCUCGGCCUGGCGCAGCUCAGCUCCAUGUGCAACCUGAGCGCCAGCUGCGCCCUGGUGCAGGACAACGGCCUCAACGCGGCCUUCACCAUCGCACACGAGCUGGGGCACGUGCUGGACAUGACGCACGACGAGGACCCCAAGUGCAAGGAGAUCAACGGCGGGCCCAACAUCCACAACAUCAUGUCGCGCAUGUUGGGCAUCCACACCGACCUGUGGUCCUGGUCCAAGUGCAGUCGCCACUACCUCACCGCCUUCCUCGAGUCUGACCAGGCCAGGUGCCUGCUGGACCGCCCCUUCAAGGACAUCAUGCAGGAGUCCGGCCCCGUGGACCGCCUGCCGGGGGAGAACUUCACCCAGGACAAGCAGUGCAAGCUGGUGUUCGGCGAGGACUCCACCAUCUGCUCCUACAUGCCGAUGUGCAGCCAGCUGUGGUGCACGGACAACGUGAGCGAGGGCUGCCGCUCCAAGCAGAUGCCGUGGGCGGACGGGACGCCGUGCAAGGACGGAAUGUGGUGCCAGAAGGGCCACUGCAUCCCCGUGAACCGCACCGCGCUGCGGCCCGUGGACGGCAGCUGGGGCGCUUGGAGCAGUUUCGGGACGUGCUCGCGGACGUGCGGGGGCGGCAUCAAGCAGUCCGUGCGCCACUGCAACAACCCGGCGCCGGCCAACGGCGGCCACUACUGCAUCGGCAAGGGCACCCGCUACCGCUCCUGCGCCACAGCCGAGUGUCCCGAGGGCAGCGUCAGCUUCCGGGAGCUCCAGUGCCGUCGCUUCAACAACAACCACUUCAACAUUGUGGGCGUGCAGAGCGAGGUGCAGUGGGUGCCCAAGUACGGCCUGAAGAACCGCUGCCAGCUGUACUGCCGCAUGGCGCACUCCGACCAGUACUACCCGCUCCGGGAGAAGGUGACUGACGGCACGCCGUGCGGUCCCGAUACCUUCGACGUGUGCGUCAACGGCAAGUGCAUCCCGGCCGGCUGCAACCACGUGCUGUACUCCAAGGCGCGGCUCGACAUCUGCGGCAAGUGCAAGGGGGACAACUCGACGUGCAAGCUCAUCUCGGGCAGCUACAACUGGACCAUCUACGGCUACAACUUCGUCGUGCGCAUCCCGGCCGGGGCGUACGGGCUCGACAUCCGGCAGCGCAGCUCGGAUGGCAAGGACGACCACUUCCUGGUGCUGAAGGACAGCGAGUCUCUGGAGCACGUCCUGAACGGCGGCUACAUCAUCAGCACGAGCGGCAAGCAGGUGGAGUACCACAACACCACGCUCGACUACUCGGGCUCCAACGUCGCGGUGGAGCGCGUCAACUCCUCCCGCCCGCUCAAGCGGGACCUCAUCGUGGAGAUCCUGUCCGUGGGGGAGCUCAAGUACCCGCCCAACGUGACGUACCAGUACAGGGUGUCGCGCGACAUGGUCACCGACUACACUUGGAUCGAGGGCAGCGAGUGGUCGACCUGCGACCGCGUGUGUCAUGGUGAGAAGCACAUCCUGCCGGUGUGCGCGGACAUAGAGACCCACGCGCAGGUGGGCGACGAGAACUGCAAGGGGCUGGUGCUGCCGCAGACACGCACGGAGCCGUGCAACAGCCACUGCACGCUCAAGUGGCAGAUUUGGUCGCGCUCUGAGUGCUCGGCGCACUGCGGGCGCGGGGAGCGCACGCUCAGCGUGCAGUGCGUGCAGGAGAUGACGGACACGCACCAGAUCUACCCCGUGGACAACAGCUCGUGCCUGCACCUGCUGGCGUUCCGGCCGCCCGACCGGGAGCCUUGCGAGGGCAUCUGCGACGUCGUCAAGUGGAAGUACGGCAAGUGGGGGCCGUGCUCGCGGACGUGUGGCGGCGGCGUGCGGCAGCGCACGGCCGAGUGCGUGGACGAGCUGGGGCGGCAGGUGGAGGACGCGCAGUGCGUGGCCAGCGAGAGGAUCACGGAGGGCGUGUGCGAGGAGCUGAGCUGCCCCCAGUGGUCCAUCGGCGACUGGUUCCCGUGCUCGGCGACCUGCGGCCCGGGCCAGCGCGAGCGGCCCUACUGGUGCCAGGUGGACAACCACGUGGUGUCGGCCAACUACUGCCUGGACCCCGUGCCCGCGCACAAGGAGCCGUGCGAGCUGCGUCCCUGCGCGGCGUGGCGCCUGGGGCCCUGGGGCGAGUGCUCGGCGUCGUGCGGCAUGGGCGUGAUGACGAGGGCCGUGCUCUGCCAGAACCCCAACGGCAGCACGGAGGACGAGGCGGCCUGCGUUGCGGAGCCGCGCCCGCAGCACACGGACCAGUGCAGGAUCCGGGACUGUCCCGCCGAGACCCUGCGGCCGCUGCUGCCGGCGACGUCCACGGCGACCUCCGUGACGGGGGGGCGGCGGGAGGGGCAGCACGACGACCCGCGCCAACACAACAGCCUGCGCCCCGCGCCCGACGCCGACGACCCGGCGGACAACCUCAUCCCCGGCGGCACGGACCACAUCCAGAGCAACAGCAUCCCGGUGCAGCCCGGGGAUGCCCGCAGGAGCGGCCGGCCGCGCGUCACCUGGCACGCCAGCGACUGGUCCCAGUGCAGCGUGACCUGCGGGGAGGGCGUGAAGCACCGCUCCGUGCUCUGCUAUGACGAGCUGCUGGAGGCACGCACGGACCGGUUCCACUGCGCGCGCCUGGUGGAGCCUCACGGCUCGGAGACGUGCACACGGCCGCGCUGCGUCACCUGGCGUGUCGGCGACUGGCAGCAGUGCCCCGUCAGCUGCGGAGGGGGCAGAGCGCUGCGCGAGGUGGCGUGCGUGGGCGUGCUGACGGGCGCGCCGGUGGAAGGGAAGGCGUGCCUGGACGCUGGCCUGGCUGAGCCGGCCCGCGAGCGCGGCUGCGGCAACUACGAGUGCCCCACGACCACCACCACCACCACCACCACCACGGCCGUGGGGGUGCGAGACCGAGGCCCGGGCGGCACCAGUGACGCCCCGCCAGCCGUGUGGACCUUCGCCAGCGACUGGGGGCCCUGCUCCAGGACCUGCGGGGGCGGCGUGCGGACGAGAGUGGUCGAGUGCCGGCUCGCAGACUGCAGCGCCUUCCAGCGGCCGGUCGACUCGGUGGCCUGCAGCCCUGAGCCGUGCCCCGUGUGGAACGUGGGCGCCUGGGCGCCGUGCGAGAAGACGUGCGGGUUCGGCUACCAGCACCGCCUGGUGCGCUGCGAGAGCCACCGCGGGGAGAGCCUGCCCGACAGCGCGUGUCCCCGCUCGGAGCAGCCCGAGCACUACCGGCAGUGCGAGCCCGCUCUGCCCCCGUGCCCUGCCAGCGGCAGCCGGCUCUACCGCUGGAAGACCGGGACGUGGAGCCAGUGCUCGCAGACGUGUGGCAAGGGCCAGCAGCAGCGGCUGGUGUCGUGCCACCGCGUGCUGGACGGCUGGCUGGACCCCAACCCCGUGCUGCACGGCUGCGACGCGGCGACGAGACCGCCCCACCUGCAGGCCUGCUCCGUGGGCGACUGCCGCGCCGCCUACUUCUGGUCGGCCGGCGAGUGGCAGCCGUGUAUGCACAUGCGUGGGAAAUGCAAGCAGAAGCGUGACGUAUACUGCAUCAGUGUUGACAACCGAAAAGUGCCCAAACGAAAUUGCCCUCGAAACUUUAAACCCCGCCACAGAAGAAAGUGUCCACUUAGAAAAUGUGGGUACUCGUCGUGCGCGGAUGUCCAGCACAGGCUGCGCAGCAAGCAGAGCGGGGAGUACGUGCUGAACCUGCGCGGCCGCAGCGUGUCCGUGUACUGCCACGACAUGGACACAAGCGUUCCCCGCGAGUACCUGUCCCUGCCCCAGGGGGACGCCGCCAACUACGCGGAGAUCUACGACCGCAGGCUGCUGAACCCGGACACGUGCCCCAACAACGGCGAGCGCCUGGACGAGUGCGACUGCGCGGUGGACGCCAACGGCAACGCGGGCCGCACCGUCUACACCAAGAUCCAGCUCAACAUCACCUCGCUGCGCGUCAACACCCAGGACUACACGUUCGCGCGGCAGGCGUGGGGGCGCCACGUGGCGUACGCGGAGGCAGGGGACUGCUACAGCCGCGUCACCUGCCCCCAAGGUCGGUUCAACGUCAACCUGAAGGGCACGGGGCUGAGCGUGUCGGACGCCACGCACUGGCAGACGCAGGGCUCCAGCUCAUCCCUGGCCAUCAGCAAGAGCGCCGACAACCAGGUGAUAGACGGGCGGUGUGGCGGCUACUGUGGGACGUGCAGUCCCCACUCGCACCUCGGGCUGCAGCUAGACGUGCUGCCACCGUAGUGACGCGCUGCCUGCUUGCACAGGACGUACAAUGGGAUGUUCGCUCUCGUAGUGAUGGAGCAUGCUUAGUCGUUGGGCGUGCUGACGAGACGUGUCGUUGCAGCAGCUCCCGUCGAGAGGAGAAGACUCCGAGGUGGCUCAGCAGCCAGCCGGUGACCGCAGAGAGCGAGGAGGACUCGAACCAGCGACUCCCACGAGUCAGGAGACUGCCGUGCCCUCCCUCCCCCCUCUCACCCCUCCCCACCCGGUCACGCACACGCCAGCGUGCCCGCUACUCGUUACCGUCAACACAAAAGUAGGAAAAAUGAGCGUGAAGUCAAAAUGUGUGUGCCUAGUUGUAUUGUUGUGUCGCCUGUAGACUUGCGAAGAGUGUAGGCAACGUCCGACAGGAAGUGGACGUGGCCUGUUUCUGCGAGAGAAAAAAAAGUUUUGUUGUUGCCUAGGUUGUAAAAAAAAUGAAGAACUGAGAGUAACAUAAGAUGCCAUCCAAAACUAAUUUAUUGUUUUGUAAAUAGCUUCCAAGCAAAAACCAGUCAAAAUGAAAUCUUGUCUCAAAUACUUCAUAUUGCUUGUGUGUGCUUGUGUGUCCAUCUAUGGUAUGAAAAAUGUGGCAAAAUGCUUAAAAAAUAUAUUUACAUAUAUUUUAUUUUGUGUUAAGUGUUUAUGGCAAAUACAAGAUGAGCGGUACAAUCCGAACAAAUUAUUAAAAUAUGCCAAUAUUUGUGCGCUUGCAUGGACGAAGGAGUGGUGGGCAGUAGCUUUCCUUGCAAUCAGUCACACGUGGUAACAGCGUGGGUGUAAGAAUGGUACAAGAUGUUUGAUUUUAUCAUGAGACGACAAGCCACAGAACGAACUAUCUACACGGUGAGUGAUGUGAAAUUAAGUGAAGUGAACCGACGUCCCUGUGGGGUGCACGCAGAAGUGAGGCAGUGAUAAACCAGCUGUUUCAGGCAUUGUGAAUGUUACCAACAUUUAAAUUAAUAAACUAUGAUAUGGAUGUUGCCAAGGUUGUUGAGAGAAACCAAGCGUCUGCAGGUAAAUAAUUGCGUCAGGACAACUCCCCACUCCCCAUUACUUAAUGUACAAUUUUUCAAACCACACAGUUUAAAAUAUGUCUCUAUAUAUUUAUACAUAUAUUUAUAUAAAGACUCAACGUUACUGUGGUCGUAAGUGUAAACGCAAACCAUGCAUAUUGCAUAACUUGUUAGGUUUCCAAUGAAUUCUAUUGGCGACAGACUAGUGAUUUCGUCCUACUCUCUGGGCAAAGUCUUGCAUUGAAAAAAAUCUCGAAACUCAACUGGGCCUCCCUGGUACCCAGGCUCCGGGGAUUUUGCUUUUCUCUCCCCGCCCCCAACAUCGCAAUGUCCCUGCAUGUCGCGCCCAGUCACUCCAAACAUCCCAGCCAUCUCUCACCUGUAAAUUCUAAGAAAACAACCCUUAUCUGGUAAGUGUGGAUGAUUAUGAUACAUCUACUGUUUAAUGUUACCCCAUAACCAAAGGCAUUGAUUGUACAUGCAUUCAGGGCCAUAUUUAGAAUGUACUAAAAGUAAUUGAAACUUCUUAAUGUCUUUAUUUACAAAAUCUAAUUAUUAAAAGCAAAAGGAACACUUUUGAGAUGCAUUUUGCAUGGUGACGAGGAUAAGAAGAUUUGAAGACAGUCGUUAAAACGUGAAUCUUCAUUGCAAUAUAAAAAAUAAUGUAUCAAGUCAGCUUCUGAACGGGCCUGGACCUUUUUAUUUUGUGGGAAAUUGUUCCUGUACUUUUUGAUUGUUUUCAUAUGCCAAGAAAAACAAAAACAUUGUAGGGUUUAUUAUUUUGAUUGUGUCUAAUCUGCCUCAGAAUCUUUUGGAACAUUUCACAUGAGCUCCAAUACCAGAAUUUCUUCAGAGAGGGAGACAAUUUUUUAACUUAAAACCAGUUAGUGCCACGUAAUGCUGCUAAAGGUUUUUUUCCAACACUCGGAGUAAAAUCAAAACAAUUUUUUUAAUGCUGAUAAUUGGCUGGUCUUAUUUGGAAACAUUGGUGGGUAAUUAUAUGAUUAUGAAGCACUUUUCAGGUUAAACACAAAAGCAAUAAUAAUUGGCACAGGCUGCUAGCCUCCUAAUAUGAACCACCUCUGGCAUUCAUUUAUAUUUACCGAUGUUUAGCACUCAAGAUGGCUUUUGAGGCAGUGUAGAAGACUCUCUCAUGCAGUAAACUUAACAAAAAUUGAUACCUUCAAGUGUGUUUUGUGUUUCGUGACCUCGCUCGCUCGCCCGGUGAGCCGUACCGUCCUUACCGCGUGUCCGCAGUCCCUCUAGGUGAUCCUGCUGGGUUUUCCGGCUGACACAUUUCGAUGUCCUUCGCAGGACCCUGUACGCAACCUGCCGGGGAGGCGGUGUUCUCGGUGGACCAUGCCCGGCUGUUGGGGGCCGCCCCAGACAGUGCUGGUAUUACCGGCUGCUUUAUGUUCUGACCUGUACUGUAUUCUGUACUCAAACAAUACUCCAACGUUGUGAUUCUGUCAGAAGAUUGGAGCAAUAAGGUCAUAGUUUAUUAACGCUACGAGUGUGUAAGUUACAAGGGACCUAAGACAAUCUGCGUGAUGGUAUCCGUUUCGAUAAGGGAGCACUUGAAGUCGCAAAAUACUCAUCUCAGCUCGGUAAGUCGCAAAGGUCUGCGCAGUCUGGUAACAGGUGACAGGCAAGGGAAUGUAUUUUAAGCACCAAUGAAAUAACUUUUCAGUAUUUCGCCACUAUUUUUAAACACAGUGGUUGACAGCUACGGCUGUUUCCGAAUACACGGCCCUUCAUCCCUUAGCAAGUGAGGCCACAAUGGAAAGGAUGUACGUACUUCAAGGGAUGGAUGAUAUCCAAAUACUUGUGCUGCCAGCACCACCUGUUGAUGUUUGUGCUAUUGUGCACGCAGCCAUUUUGAGUAGUUACAUGCAUGGAUUUUCAGCCAAACACAAAUGACUAUUUUAAUGCAUUGUGGAUGACAGUAAAUGGUUAGUGAUCAAAAUAAUUAUUUGGUCUUAAUUUCAGCAGUAUUAUAAAUAUUUAUCAUGGGCAUUAUUUAAAUUUUUAAGUCAAAGUCUCUCUGGGAUUAGUAUUCUAAUUCAAGUGGGAUUUUUUUUCUCAUGUGCCAAAACUCUAAAAAAACUAUGCACUUUCCACGGAUUCCUUUGCUAAGGGAUCCAGCAAGCUACUGUUCGGAAACAGUCCAUGUUUCAAAUGUUAUUAACAUGUGUAUAAAUGUAGAUAAACACAAGCAAAAUUCAUUGAAGAAUUUUUGCACCUCCGUCACAAGUUUCAAGUUUUGCAUUACGUAGUAUUUGUGAUGUAUAUUUGUGUUCUCUGUAGCAUAAGUGUUUUAAAGCUUUUGUAUUUUUUUUACUGCGAUUUCUGUUUUAAUGGAAAUUUUGCCUUUUAUAGCUGUGUUGCUUUGUUAUUAUUAUUUAGUUUGAAAUUGUACGAGAGAACUGAAGUGUUUGAAUCACUGCCAUAUCAUGUUUUUGUAUUAUUUGUAAUGUAAAUGAUGCCAGUAAGAUUGCCAAACAAUCUUAAUUAUAUUAGCAACAACUUUAAAAUUAUGAUGUGCCAACCAUGAACUCACUGUUGUGUUUAUCGAAUCUCAAAUUUUAUGGUAGUAAAAUAGGACAAGUUAUAUUUAAAUUAACUUAUAUUAGUUCAAUAAAAUUAUGAAAUCUUAAGUAAAUGUAAAAUUUUAACAAAAUUAAAAAAAAAUUCAGUAUAUGUAUGAUUGAAAUUAUUCAUUUGAUUGAUUUCCUUUUCGUUUUAUUUCUAUAUUUUCCAGUAGAAACAUCAAAGAGAUGCUUGCGAAAAACAUUUUUUUGUAUUGUUUUAAUGUGGUUGAAUAAAAAUAGUUUUUAA